ACGACGUCGUCGUCGGUGCUGGGGCCACGUGGUGCCGAGGCAGGAACAAAGGAACCGACGACGUGGUGUGAAAACUGACUCAGAUCCCAAAUCACGUCCAAGAUGUCAGUCUCCAGUUGCACAAGGCGCAGCGUGACGAUGAACUAACUCCGACCAGAGUCUGAGCGCAGGCGUCGCCGCGGCGUUGGAUGUUUCCACCACGUCGAAAACACAAAAGCAACGCGGGUGUCAUCUGCCAGAUCAGAGACAGACCCGUCUCCACAUCGCUCCAUCCAUCCAGCACCGAGCCUCUCAGCUGGUCACCCUCAUGUGUUUGGCAUUUGGCUUCUUUUCCCAGCCAGCGUUUGCUGAGCGAGCUGCACAGCUGCCAUGUGUUUACAUUCGGACGACAGUUCACAUAAUCAAACAAUACAAUUAAAAAAAAGAAAGAAAACAUAACUCACUUCAGAGACGCUGCGUCCGACUCCUUCCAUCAGUUUCCACCGAAGCCACAUGAAGGCAACUCUCUGGGCAAAAGAACUUCCUGUUGUGGCACGCAUCAGAACAGACACAACAACAACAACAACAACAACAACAACAACACGUGCAUCUUCAGCGCAGACGGAAAAUCAAAUUAAAAGGAUGUCGGUGAAGCUGCGAUUCGACUCCCCGUCAGACGGAGGUUUGCUCCACAGGAGCCGCUCCUUCACGGGGUUCAGCUCUCUGAGCGGCCGACGGCGGCCGUCGUCCGGGCGGAACUCUCUUCGCUCCAAAGCCUCGUCGGGGGGGAAGUCCAGGACGCACCUGUCCCCCAGCAGAGGGGGCGGGGCCGUCUGCUCCCUGCAGCCGGAGCAGGUGGACUCCGUCUUCCAGGCGCUACGCAAAGGACUCAAGGAGUUUCUGGACGGUCACCAGGCGGAGAUGGACUUCCUGUCGUCGCAGCAGAGGGAGACCAAGAGGAACUCCCGACUGGCCUUCCUCUAUGAUCUGGAAAAGGAGCUCCGAGCGCUGGAGAGAUACAUACGACGAUUAGAAUUUCAAAUCAGCAAGGUGGAGGAGCUGUACGAGACGUACUGCGUCCAGUGGCGGUUGUGUGAGGGGGCGGUGAACAUGAAGAGAGCCUUCGCCCUGUCGCCGUCCACCAGGGCGUCCAGGGAGAGUCUGCUGGAACUCGGCCGCAACCACAGACACAGCCUGCAGGACAUGUCAGUGAUGGAGGGAGAGUUGGAAAUCCUCCUCGGAGAGCUGCACAUCAAAAUGAAAGGUCUGAUCGGCUUCGCUCGCCUCUGCCCCGGAGACCAGUACGAGGUGGUCGUGCGGCUGGGACGCCAGCGCUGGAGGAUCCGAGGCCGGAUCGAGUCGGACGACACGCAGUCCUGGGACGAGGAGGAGAUGGUCUUCCUCCCGCACAUACACCACAACUUCGAGAUCAAGGUGACGGAGGCGAAGGGUUUGGGUUGGCUGCUGGUCGGCAUGGUGACGUGUGCGAGCGCCGACUUCUUCGUGGCGAGGUCGCAGCUGAUGCUGGUGGACGUCACGGAGCUGGGGACCAUCAAGCUGCAGCUGGAGGUCACCUGGAAUCCAUUCGACAGCGCCGAGAAGAUGCGUCCGCUGUCCGUCAGCAGACAGUCGGUCUCCAGCAGGAAGAGUUCCGUGUACAGCUGGACGGCGCCGAGCACUCCGUCCUUCACCGAGAAAUACUUCAUAUCGAUGGUGCGCGAGCUGCAGGAUCGGGACGGUUCCCUCCCGUCGCUCGUGUCCAAAAGUCACCCCAACCGGGGAGACAUGUCUCUGCUCAGCUACCUGUCCAACCCCGUCCACAGCGCCAGGGGCCCCUACACCCCCAGCCUCACGCGGGCGCACAGCUUCCCCUCCAGCCCCAGUCAGGGCCCCAGUCUGGGGGGAAGCCAGACUCGCCUGUCCCUCGGGGAGGAGGGAUCCCUGGAGGAGGGGGAGAGGGGGAUGAGGAUGGACGAGGAGGAGGAGGAGGAGGAGGAGUGGGGAGGAGUGUGUGACACCACUCCCUCUACACCAGCGGAGAGUAAGACAGGAUCCCUGCUGGUCCUGCAGAGGUCCAGCACUCCGGACAUCCUCAGGAAGAACCCAGCUGGAGAACCGGAUGCUGAGACGCAGGACUCCGCCGACCUCCACCGUCGCUCGUACUCUUUCCCCACCUCGCCCACACCUCCUGCUGCCCGGCCCCCGGCCGCAGCCCCGACCUCGGCCGCUCCGACGCCGGGGAGGUCGGGCGUGAGCGGCGCCCAGCGCGGGGCCCAGGCCCUCAGGCUCGGGGCCCUGAUGGCCGAGCUGGAGAAGACGCUGCGGGACCAGAGUCUGUCCGAGAAGGAGCUGAGAGCCCUGGACCACCAGGUCCUGCACCUGGCGACCAUCCUGAAGAACGACCUCUCGCUGUUCAGGAGCUCGUCCUCGGAGGAGACGCUGGCCGUAGAGGAAGUGCUGGGCAGCUUUGACUUCCUGUCGCACGACUUCAACGCGGACGACGACACUUCCUGUUUGGGCAGCGUGCGACUGAAGGACAGCGGCAUCAGCUCGUUCCAGCAGAGCACCACGAGGAGCCUCGGCCUCCUCUCGCACGACAGCCAAUCGGCCUCCGAGGAAGAGUUGAUCAUCGCCCCGCUGACUUCUGGGAACUGGGGCCUUGACCAAGCUCUGGAGACUCACCUGGACAUUUGCUUCAUCCUGCUUCAGAUGACCAGAGCGACCGACUUCGGCCCGUCGAGGACGGACCUGCUGGAGGAGACGUCCCUUCAAGCCGACGUCCUGGACAGAAUCAGCUCCCUGCUGCUCGAGAAGAGCGACGACGUCUCCGCUCGUGACGUCCUCCCCAAGGCCCAGAGGACCAGGGACGUCCUGUUGUUCUGGGAGGAGUGCGCGAGCGACGGCGGCUCCCUCUUCUGUUGCGACGCCAACAGCUUCACCAGGACGCUGAGGAGACGCUACACGCACAAGCUGAAGGCCAAGCAGCCCGGCCAAUCAGAGAAAGUGUUUGCUCAGCUCCUGCAGCAGGUGCAGACGACCUGUCGGGCGGCGCCCGGCCCGCGGCCCGUCUGCAGCCCGGACAGAGUCACCGUCUUCCAGCUGUCGGCGUAUCUGAAGCGCUGGAGCCUCCGGGAGCUGGGAGAGCACAUCUUGCGCCUCUCCAGAGAAGAGCACAUCCUGUCGGCCCUGGGGGGCCCCAAACGGAGGCGAGCUUUGAACAAGCUGAGGGGGCGGGGCGUCGCAGAGCUCCUCCCACUGGGCCGCACGCUGCGGACCCUGGCCGCCCUGCAGAUCGACCCCAACCACAAAGUCUGCAGAGCCGCGGCCAACUGUCUGUGCCGAGCCGCCGGCUGCAAGACCUUCAGGAGCCGGGCCGUGGUUUACUACACCGAGAGUUUAAAGAGCAGCGAUGUUCAGAUCCAACAUGGCUCCUGUCUGGCUCUGAAACGCCUCAGGGCGACGGAGAGCGUGGACCACAUCGCAGAUUUGUGGAGAUCGACGGACGAAGAUCUUCGCAGCGCCGCCAGAGAGACCGUCCUCUCCUUUGGUAAGAAGGGUUUCCUGGCCUUCCAGAGGAUGGACCAGCUGUACACCGAGAUGCAGGAGGAGGCGUAUCAGAACCAGGAGACGGAGAUCACCAUUCUAUAGGAAACACGCGUGGGACUAAAACGUUUUAAUUGUAAACGACCCGACGUGAAAACUCUCGAAAGUUCACGAGCCUGCACUGAAGAGGAACGAGGACAGGACGAAGCAUCUUACUUUUUGAAAACCCUGAGGAAGAUCCAACGAUGACGACUUCAGGUUUUUUCUCAAUCGUUACGAUCUUUUUUUUUUUUUGCUCAAAAGCUUCAAUUUUUUUCCUGGAGCCUGUGACCAGAGAAUUAUGGCGCUUGAAUUUAUUUUUCUGGUCAAAUAUGUAUACGUUUUGUUUGAAAGAAAGAAAGAAAAAAAAAAAGAGGA